AUGGACUAUCAGAUUGAGAAUUUCCCAUCUGGGUCACUCGAUGUAGUCUCUCAAACCUACUAUAUGGCCUUUGUUGCGCCCGGUCAUACGAGCCAACUUACAAUUGUGGCGCUCCAGCUUCAGAUGUAUAAACAGAGUCACUACACAAUUGAUAUUGGUGGGGAAGUCCUCAACACUGACAUGAUGCAGCUCUAUGGGCAUGGAUCGAACUUGUUCCUUGCUAAGAGCCCAAAUGGCACAGUGGGCGAGGUCUUUGUCUCCUCCAUCAAUUUGGGGUCUGGUCAGAUGACCAAGCUGAUAUCAAUACCCGAUCGAUCCAUUCCAGCCUACAUUAAUCCAUUUGCAAAUAGCUUUACCUACUCACCCUUUGUCCACGACACAGAAAACAACUUCAUCAUUGUACUUGACCAAGUGAGCACCACCGAGCUGGACAUCCACAAUCUCGACAUGGAGUCACAAGAAGUAACCAUCAACAAUGUCCCAAACAAUAUACCUGCUGGACGCAACCUUUAUUAUGCCUAUUAA